AAAAAUUAAUAAUAUUUUGAGAGUUACGAAAGAAUUAUCGGAAGUGUUUUACCGAACUGUCAUAACUACCUGGCAACAUGGAUUUUAUAGAAUAUCCUGAGAUAACUGCUGAGGUUAAGGGCGCCAUGACGCUCGGGAAGUUAAAAUUAACCGAUCAGCAUCUGAUAUUCAAGAAUCAGAAAACUGGCAAAGUUGAACAAAUCUCCGCAUCGGAUAUGGAGAUUGUUAACUUUCAAAAGUUCGUUGGAACCUGGGGCCUUAGGAUAUUCCUUAAAAAUGGAACUCUGCAUAGAUUUCGAGGGUUUAAAGACGGAGAUCAAGACAAAAUUGCAAAGUUUUUUAGUGUUAACUAUAAGAAGGAUAUGUUGGAAAAGGAGCUUAGUUUGAAAGGAUGGAAUUGGGGAACAGCUAAAUUUAAUGGCUCCGUCUUAAGUUUCGACGUUGGCCAUCACACUGCUUUCGAGAUACCACUCUACGAUGUUUCACAAUGUAACACUGGAAAGAAUGAAGUCACUUUGGAAUUUCACCAGAAUGACGAUGCACCAGUAAGCUUAAUGGAAAUGAGGUUUCAUAUUCCUGUCAGUGAUAGUGUCGAUCAGGAUCCUGUAGAAGGGUUCUACCAGCAAGUAUUACAAAAAGCAUCUGUCAUUAGCGUCAGUGGUGAUGCUAUCGCUAUAUUCAGAGAAAUUCAGUGCCUCACGCCACGUGGUCGCUAUGAUAUCAAGAUAUUUCAAACGUUUUUCCAACUUCAUGGUAAAACCUUUGACUAUAAGAUACCAAUGUCAACAGUACUUAGACUGUUCCUGCUGCCACACAAAGACAAUCGUCAAAUGUUCUUUGUUGUGAGUUUAGAUCCACCUAUUAAACAAGGUCAAACACGUUAUCAUUAUUUGGUAUUGUUAUUUAAUCAGGAGGAAGAGACAUCUAUUGAACUGCCUUUCUCUGAGAAGGAGUUAAGUGACAAAUAUGAUAAUAAACUCACAAAAGAGCUUUCGGGCCCUACAUAUGAAGUGCUGGGAAAAGUCAUGAAAGUUAUAAUUAAUAGAAAACUAACCGGUCCUGGUAAUUUUGUUGGACAUUCUGGAACUGCUGCUAUAGGGUGCUCCUUCAAAGCUGCAGCAGGAUAUAUAUAUCCUUUGGAAAGAGGCUUUAUUUAUGUUCACAAACCACCAAUUCACAUACGUUUUGAGGAAAUAACAUCAGUAAACUUUGCUCGUGGUGGUGGCUCGACACGCUCCUUCGAUUUUGAAAUCGAACUGACAAGUGGAGUAGUUCAUACGUUCAGUAGCAUCGAAAAGGAAGAGUAUGGGAAACUCUUCGACUUCAUAACAUCUAAGAAGCUUAGAGUGAAGAACAGAAACAAGAAUGAUAAAUUAAAUUAUGACAACGACUUCGGAGACAGCGAUCAAGAGAAUGAACCUGAUGCUUACUUAGCAAGAGUUAAAGCUGAAGCACAGGAGAGAGAUGAUGACAAUCAAGACUCCGAAGAGGAAUCUACCGAUGAAGAUUUUAAUCCUAAUCAGGAUGAAAGUGACGUAGCUGAGGAGUAUGAUAGCAAUCCUAAUACUUCAAAGAGCGAAGAUGAGUCUGAUGUUUCUGAUGGAAAGAAGGAGAAAAAAGAAAAGAAGGAGAAAAAAUCAAAAUCUGCUAAAACUAUCUCGGAGAAGCCAAGGAAACCUCGAAAGCCAAAGAAGGAAAGGGAUGAAAAUAAGCCAAAGAGGCCUGCUACAGCUUUCAUGUUGUGGCUCAACAGCACGCGUGACCAAAUCAAGGCUGACAAUCCUGGUAUUGCUGUCACAGAAAUAGCGAAAAAAGGAGGUGAAAUGUGGAGAGACCUAAAAGACAAAUCUGAAUGGGAGCAAAAAGCAGCAAAAGCUAAGAAGGAAUAUGCCGAGUCGAUGGAAGAGUACAAAGCAAGUGGAGGUAGUAGUAAACCUGCGGAAAAGAAAGAAAAAAGUGAUAAGAAGAAGAAGGAGCCUAAAAAAGAAUCCCCUAGCAAACUUAUGUCUGGUGCGUCGUUCAAAAGUAAGGAGUACAUCAGUGAUGACAGUAGCAGUGACGAUGGAUCAGCAGAGAAAUCGAGUAAAAGGAAACGUUUGAAUGAUGGAAGUGCAGAUGAAAAGGGAAAGAAGAAAGGAGAGAAACGUGAAGCGACUGAUAAUGGUAAAAAGGCUAAGAAAGGGAAAAAAGACACUGAUGAAGAAGCUAGUGAUGUGGAAUUUGAAGAACCCGAUGAAAGCACGCCACCUUCGAGCGAUGCCGAAUCGAAAGGCAGCGAUUAAUUCUACUUGUGUACAGAUUUUGUAACGAUGCCAUCUGUAACUAUUUCUCAUUCUAGAAAUUUCUUUUUUCCUCAGUUUUGUUUCUAUUUCAUUGGUCUGGUAAAUGACUGAAAGCUGUCGUUUCAAAGUUAAGGAAGCUGGUCUUACUACUUUACAGGGCACAUGACAGUUAAUAAUAAAACAUCAGUUUACUUUGACAGUUCUA